AUGGCUUAUGGGGUAGAGAGUUUACCGGCCUCGCUAAAGCCAGAGAACUAUGCUGGCUAUCUGAUACAGUGGAUUAAGGCUUUUAGGGCUAAUCGGCUUAGCUAUACCGGGAGGAAGACUAUUGUCUUCUGCCGUACAAAGGCUAUAGUUGAUCAGCUAUAUCAGGCCUUAGAGCCUCAGGCAGCUAGAUUCCAUUCAGAUCUAUCUGAGGAAGACAAAUUAGCCCAAUUAGCCUAUUUCAGAGCCGAGGGUCCAAUUUUAUUGGCUACUAGUGGUAUCGGAGCUGGCUAUGAUUUCCCAGAUGUGGAUCUUGUAAUCCAUUUUAAGCCUGGCCGGAAUCUGGCCGAGCUGGGAGAUCACCGAAUCUAUCUGCAUGGGCUUAUUGUCUAA